AUGAGAAUUGGGGUUGUAAUCAGGAAUAAAUGUGGUGAAGCAGAAGUUAUUCUGGCUACUCCCAGAGCACAAGUCUCAUCGGUGUUACAAGCUGAAUGCUAUGCAUUACUUCAAGCUAUGAAGCUUUGUCAAGAAUUGGGGAUCUGUCAUGUUAUUUUUGAAGGAGAUGCAAAAAUGGUAGUUGAUAAUAUUCAAGCUAAAGUGUUUGUUAAAAGUGAUGGGAAUAAAGCAACACAUGUUGUUGCACAAUUAGCAAAGAAUUUAAAUUCGGAAGUUGUUUGGCUUGAGGAUGGUCCAUGUGAGUGCACAGAGAUGCAGCACACAAAUAACCAGAUGCUUUCCGACCACGAUUUGCUCCCACGAGGCAGCCGCACCUCUGAGUGCUUUGACGAAGAUGGCCGCCCGAAGCGAGCAGGGACGGUUUGGAGUGCAAGUGUUUCCAUAACAACGGCUGUGGCUGGCCCAGCGUUUGAUCUGUCCUUGGCAUGGAGCGUUGCACAACUUGGAUGGGUUGCUGGUCCGGCUGUGAUCAUCUUCUUCUCCCUCGUGACUUACUGCACUUCCGCGUUGCUCUGCGCCUGCUAUCGUUCACCUGUCACUGCCAAGAGAAACCAUACUUAUAUGGAUGCCAUUCGAUCACAUUUGGAUGGAGCAAAGGUCAAGACAUGUUGGGUGAUUCAGUACGUGAACCUUCUUGUACAAGCCAGCGGGUACACUGUAUUUGCUUCCCUAAUGAUGAGGGAUAUCGAACGGUUCUCUAAAUGUGGAAACGCAGCUAGUGAUGAUGCAUGCUAUGUUAAUUCCAUGCCAUACUUCAUUGCUUUCGCCGUUGCCCAAAUAAUUUUCUCUCAAAUUCCCAAGUUUUCUCAGCUGCGCAGUUUCUCCAUUCUACGUCUUAUGAUGUUCCUAUUUUAUUCAGGAAUUGGUCUUGGCCUUGUUAUCGCUAAACUAGCAGGUGUGAACGGGAUAUACUAUACUGACCACUCAAUCGGCACUAUGACUCGAGCCCAAAAGAUGUUGAACAUCUUCCGAGCAAUAGGGAAUAUAGCUCAAUUAUACGAUUCCUCAGCCGUCCUUAUUGAAAUCGAGGACACAGUUGAAUCCCCACCAUCAGAAGUCGAGACAAUGAGAAGUGCCAUUCGACGUGGCCUUACACUCACAACCUUCGUCUCGAUGCUUUACGGCUGCAUGGGUUUUGCUGCUUUUGGAAAUAACUCCCCUGUAUUCCUCCUUUAUGCCUUCUAUAAACCAUAUUGGCUGCUUAACAUAGCAAGUGCUGCCAUUGUAAUCCAAUAUGCUGGAGGCUACCAAAUCUAUUUGCAACCCAUUUUCGGCAUGGCUGAGGAAACCCUAGCAAACAGAUUCCCGGAUAAUGAAUUCAUCACCAAAGACAUUAAAAUCCCGACAGGCUGCAGGCAUUUUGGUCCCUACAAACUCAACCUCUUCCGACUGGUUUGGAGGACAGUUUUCGUGAUCACAACUACUGUGCUAUCAAUGUUUCUAGCACUCUACCUCGACCUGCUUAAACUCAUACAGAUUUUGUCCUUUUGGCCUAUCGCAGUUUACUUCCCGGUGGAGAUGUAUAUAGUGCAAAAGAAGAUACCAAAAUGGAGCAAAAGAUGGAUUUGCCUUCAAAUCCUUAGUCUCGGGUGCCUCAUCGUUACCAUAGCGACAGCUGCUGCCUCUAGUGUUGAUCUUUUUAGUAUUGAGCCUAAGUAUUAUCCAUUCAAGCCCAAUUUCUAGCUAGCUAGGUAGAUCAACAAGUUCAAUAUUUCAUCGAUGAGCGUACGAUUCUAGCUAUAAAU